UGUCAGGGUUAAGAUCAAGGUCAAAAUAUGGAUCUCAUUUUGUUGCUGGCCCUGGUGGGCCUUUUCUACUUCACUUACAAAUGGUUAACGGCACGGCACAAUGAGUUUGUGGUGCGUGGACUGCCUUUCGAGAAACCCUUGCCCAUUUUCGGUAACAAUGUCGAUGUUGUGAUGAAUAAGGCCUCAUUCCAGAAGCUCGUUGCUGAGUUCUAUGCUCGCACGCGACAACACAAACUGGUGGGCUUCUUUAACUUUCGCACGCCCAUGAUACAAGUGAACGAUCCAGAGCUAAUUAAGAAGAUCACCGUCAAGGAUUUUGAGUACUUUCCAAAUCAUCAAACCUUCUUUUCCACCAACGAGCGAUUGAUUAACGAUAUGUUGAGCGUGAUGAGAGAUCAGCGCUGGAAGCACAUGCGCAACACCCUAACACCUGUCUUCACGUCAGCUAAAAUGCGCACCAUGUUCGGUCUGAUGAACGAGAGCUUUGCCGAGUGCAUGGAUCAUUUGGAUCAGAUGUCCAAGACAGCUGUUAAUCCCGGCGAGGGCUUCGAGCUGGAACUGAAGGAGGUGUGCAAUAGAUUGUCAAACGAUUUGAUUGCAAGCACAGCCUUUGGUCUGAAGGUCAGCUCCUACAAGACGCCAGAUAAUGAUUUCUAUGAAAUCGGCAGGUCGGUAGCCUUCUUCCGCGGCAAGGCUCUGUACAAAUUUAUGCUGUCCGCAACUAUGCCCACAUUGUUCAAGCUUCUCGGUUUCAAAAUCUUUGACUCGCAGAAAACAGAAUUCUUCAUUCGUAUCGUUGUCGACGCCAUGAAAUACCGCGAGGAGAAUAAUAUCGUGCGACCCGAUAUGAUUCAGCUGCUGAUGGAGGCCAAAAAGGAGUCCGCGGAACAGUGGAGCGACGAUGAGCUGGUGGCUCAGUGUUUCGUCUUCUUCUUUGCGGCAUUCGAGAAUAACGCCAGCUUAAUAUGCACCACCGCCUACGAGCUACUCAAUAAUCCAGAUGUGCAGGAACGCCUCUACGAGGAGGUCAAGGAAACACACGAAGCGCUGAAGGGUGAGACACUUACCUAUGAGACGGUCACUAAGAUGAAGUAUUUGGACAUGGUUGUAUCUGAAUCUCUGAGGAAAUGGGCCCUGGCCGCUGGGACGGAUCGCGAAUGUGCUAAGGACUAUACCCUCUACGAUGACGAUGGCACGAAGCUAUUCGAGUUCAAGGCGGGCGAUCGCAUCAAUAUACCCAUUUCGGGUCUGCAUUUGGACGACAAAUUCUUCCCCGAACCGCACAAGUUCAUACCGGAACGCUUCAGCGACGAGAACAAGGAUCAGUUAGUGCCCUACACGUAUCUGCCCUUCGGCGUGGGUCCACGCAACUGCAUAGGUAAUCGUUAUGCUCUGAUGCAGGCCAAGGCCAUGUUGUACAAUCUCGUGCUCAAGUACAGGAUCGAACGCUCUCCCAAGACUGUCAAAGAUCUGCUGAGCGAUUCGCGUGGUUUCCAGCUGACACCCCAAAGCGGCUACUGGGUGCAUUUGGUGCCCCGCAAAUAAAUCGAUUGAAACACAAAUUGUUAUUCGUUGAGUUUACGUUAAAAUACACAUAUGCAUAUUGUAUAUUUAUUUAUAUUCUUAUUUUUGAUUAUGUUUCCAUACACACUGACUUUAAUACUAA